AUGGAGGCCAAGAUCGGAAAGUUUUUUGAGUCAGUCGGGAACUUCUUCACGGGCGGGGAUGUCAUCCCCUGGUGCGACCGGGAUAUCAUCGCCGUAGGCUCCUAACCUCAAUCCAAUUCCCCUUUGUUCUUCUUUCGUCCGCUUGUCUUCGUUUAUUUUGUGCGAUAUUUAAAUUUCUGUCACGGCUUGCUGUUGUGGCAUCCACCGGGGAUUUCAGGCUUGAGACCUGUCUUAACAGCCAUCACAUCUUCGUUAGGGCUUCUCUGCCAAUUGGCCCUCGUCACUCCCUCACCGUUUCCUCUCUGUCGUCGGGGUUGGGGGCUCUAUUAUAGUACUCAACCCGCUCAAUCGGUAUAUCUUUUCGCGACAUAUUAUUCUGCCGCGACAUGUCCAUUCUCCACUGAGCGUUCUACAAGGUCAACUCGUUGCACUUUUUCUGUAGAUUUUCUGUCAUAGUGGAUUUCUUCUGUGGGCUGUUAACGUUGUGUGAAUCUCAACCCUUUCUUGUUCUGCGAUGAAAUUGGUAAAUAUUGUGCUCCUUACAGGUUUAAAGAUAUUGUUAAUCUGUUACUGCUGAGUAGAAAGUGGCGGGUUCUGAGCAUUAAUGUGACUCGAUCUAUUAGAUGCUUCCAACGGUUAUUAGCUGGAUAGAAAAUUACUGUCAUUUCUUCUAGUAUGUAUCAGAUGGCGAAUUUCUAAGAAACAUAAGAAUAUCUAUCAUUUUUUUUUUCAAAUUAUGAUGUUACCUAUUCUUAGAUGCUGCCAUCGUCACUAUCAUCUUGUGGAUGUGCAUUACUGUACACUUUUCUUGACAUAUCUUUGAUGAUAUUUUAGUUUUAUUUUUCUUCUCCCUUCUGAAAGACAGUUUUCUUUUGUAUGGCAAUAUUUUCGCGUCAAUUUUCUAAUUUCCUUUCUGUGGCUAGGGUUGUGAAAGAGAAAUUAGCGAAACUGAUAGAUCUAGUGAAAAUAUGAGUGAAAGCCUGAUGAGGUUAUCUUGGGCUCUUGUACACUCCAGACAGGCUGAGGAUGUGCAAAGGGGUAUUGCCAUGCUUGAAGGUAGAGUGAGCUUUAUUUGCAUUUGCUUUUUUAUUUUUCUAAUCUUUGUUUUAGAUUAUGUGUUUUCCCCAUUAUUUGGUCAGUUUCUGUGGUUGAGCUUAUGCUAUCAAUAAAGAUAAAGGUUUUUGCAUAGAUUUUGGUUGGUUUUUCUACAUGUUUGUUUCAUACAAUGAUCAUCUAUUUUCUCUCUGAAUAUUUUUUUUUCCGAAUUGUAUUUCACCCACAGGCUUUUUACUCUUGAUUGUUUCUCCUUUUUGUUAUUGGUCGCAGCUUCUUUAGGCAAUAACAUCACUACGCUACAGAGGAGAGAGGGCCUUUAUCUUCUUGCAGUCGGGUACUAUAGAAGUGGGGACUACUCAAGGAGUCGGCAGCUUGUGGAACAGUGUUUGGAGGUUUGGCUAAACUUCUAAAAUUUUGAUAUUUGACACAUAAUACUGUUUUCUGCACGUUUAUUGAGUAAUUCCUAGUUUCGUGCUAAUACAAUUUGACAUUCUAUUUUUUUUUUACUUACUCUUCAAGUUAAUUGGAACUUUUCAUUGCCAGAACGGAAGAUAUUAUUAUGGACUUUGAUAAUACUAAAAGGGAUUUAUUCUGAUGAAUUCUAUAUUUUUUAUGAUAUUGUUUUUUUUCAAUCAGACAUCAUUAUGCACUUUGAUAAUACUAAAAGUAUUUUAUUGCUGUUUUCUGUAGAAGUUAUUGAACGAUUUCUUCUGUCUAUUUACGAGCCCUUAAGUGAUGCCUUGUAUUCCAGAAUGCCUUUGCGUAGCUCUUGUAUCUCAAACUUUUGGUCCUAAAGUUCUCAUUGGAGAAGUUGCUCACCUGAGAAAAUUAGGCCUUUUAUCCUUAAAAUAAAUUAGCCCAUAUAAAAAGUUUCCUUGUCAAAUAGAUGGAAGCAAGCAUUUUCUUACUUCAAAUACACGAGCAUUUCCUCAUUUGCACGUAUUUGACGACUUAAAGCUCUGGUCUCAGAAUCACCACUGCUUGUGGGGAUGCCAUGAUUUAUCCGGGAUAAUCGCAAGCACUAAUAAGAAAUCUUCAUUCACAAAAGUCUCAGGGAGAAUACUACUAGGACUCACUUAAAUGCCCCACAUUAGUUUCCCAAUCCCUAAAGUACCCAACCACUGCGAAUGAUUGUGGUCAGUUCUAACAUUUGACUAAAUUAAACUCAAAGGCUUAGUGGAAAGCAUACGCUGAUAUCUGGACCAGAAGUCUCCUUAUGUGCCCUCAUUGGUGGCAAAUUAAAAGGGUAGUACUUCUCAGACAUAUAACAGGAUGGAUUGGUUGACCGGAUCCUAAUCAUGACGCAUGGGUUAUUUUGAGGACGACAACCAAGGCUUGUAUCUCAUGAAUGGAAGAAAGUUUAUCAGAGCAAAGAAACGGAACUAGUAUUAAUCCCAUUGGUAACCCAAGACAGCCGUACCUUGGUCAGAGAUUCCUGUUUUACCCCUACUCAGGGUCCAUAUUUUUUUUCAGAAUUCGUGUAUUUUUCACGGAUAAUAAUUAGCUGGUUGAGGGGGGAGUGAAGAGCUUACCUUUCUUUUUCAAUGGGAGUUACGAAGAUGGAGACUUGAACUAUGUCCAGGACACUUUUGUUGCAAAAUCAACCCUGAUUUUUGUUCUUUAAAUGAUCCACAGACUCCGUUGCAGUUCUCCUUGGUGUGGUUUCCUCUGCAUCAAACCUAUCUAGCCCCUGCCUCCCUCCCUCUCUCACUCAUGACCGUUCUGCCCCACCGGCCACGGCCAGGGCACACUUGGGGUCGAAUGCUGGUCGUUGAUGAGCACUGAAACCGAGAAACAGUAGUAAAUAGCCUUCUCUUCUUUGUGGAAACUGCUGAGCUUUAGAGAUGAAUUCAAUAGGAUUUUCGUAGACAAGCACAGACAGCUAAGAAUCGCCGGCAAUCAGGCUCUGGGCAUCUGAUGGCUGGUGCCACAACCGGUAGCUCCCAGUUCUUAGGGGAAGAGCUUCAUUGCAACAAUAACCGUGGGCUGUAGUAGAUUUCUCGGACGACUCUUCUUCUCCUCGUCUGCAGUUCCUAAGCUUCCUUUUUAUUCUAUUUGCGCAGGUUCAACCGGAUUGGAGGCAGGCCCUGACACUGAAGAAAGCCGUGGAGGACAGAAUAGCCAAAGGUGAGGAGAUCUCCCCUCCCUCCCUCUCUCCCAUCCCUCUGUGCAGGCAAAUAGCUUCUCUCUGGAUCGUCAUCAUCAUCUUCUUCUUCUUCUUCCUUGGAGCCAGAUGGAGUGAUCGGCAUCGGCAUUGCCGCAACAGCCGUCGGGCUCGUGGUGGGCGGAGUCGCUGCCGCUCUGGUCCGUAAGAAGUGA